AUGACAAAUAAAGCUGUGUCUAAGGAGGUGCAAGUUGUUGAAAGGCCAGAGGAGAAGGAAGCUCCAGAAAAGGAUGAAGUUGCAUUGUCACACGCUCCACCUAGGGUGCCUAUUCAUGAGCCUAAAGCACCACACCAUCAUAAGUCCCAAGAGGAGACCAAGGAUGAUCAGUACUCUCAAUUCUUGGAAGUCUUUAAAAAGCUCCACAUUAAUAUUUCUUUUGCAGAGACUCUGGAGAAGAUGCAUCCUUAUGUUGCAUUCAUGAAAGGAUUACUCUAUGAGAAGAAGGCCUUCAAGGGAGAUAAAACAGUGGUUCUCUGUGAUCUUGGCUCAAGCAUCAAUCUGAUGCCAUUGUCUGUGAUGUGGAAGCUGAAAAUUCAAGAGGCACAGCCUAUAAGGAUAGCAUUGCAGAUGGCUGACAAGUCUCUGAGGCAGGCACAUGGGAUAGCGAAAAACGUCUUGGUCAAGGUUGGAGAGCUAUUCCUCCCUACUGAUUUUGUGAUACUUGAUAUGGGAGAGGAUGCAAAUGACUCCAUCAUCCUAGGAAGACCAUUCCUAGCCACGGGGAGAGUGAUAAGUCCAUAUUUUCCGAUAUAUUUUAGCUUAAUUUGA